UCUGUGUUCUGUUGUUCAGUAACGCCUCGCAAUAAAGUUAUAUCCCGGGCAGUACGCAUGUCAACGUCACUUCCGGGUUUAAUCUCCCUGUGCUGGAGGAAAAAAAAACCAUCUCGUAGACAUUUAUUUAAUCUUCGUACCUACCAAAAAAAAAAAAAAAAAAAUUCCACCGGUAUACUUGAGUAAAACCAUCCAUGUCAAGGCUCAAAGGGGACUGUCGAAGUGUUGUGCUGCUUGUGUGUACAAAUAGGAGCACAGCAGCCUUUUUGCCAACGUACCGUGAAUUGGUCCGUCAGGCUCAGUGACUGCAGCAUAAGACCCUGGCACCAUCGUGUGCCAGUCCAUUCCAAGACCCAGGGAAUUUAGAAUUCAGAAGAUGAAUGGUCUGUCCAUACGAGAGCUAUGCUGCCUGUUCUGUUGCCCCCCAUGCCCCAGCCGCAUUGCGGCCAAAUUAGCUUUCCUGCCACCGGAGCCCACGUACAUCCUCCUUCCCGACCCAGACACCGCAUCUGCAGCUGGAACAGCAUCGGGGUCCAGCACUGGGGGCACCCUCCCUUCUCUGGGCGCUCCUGGGCUACGUUCCCGGUUGAGUGCAGGUAGCGGCGGUGACAGAGGAGGCGGCGGAGGCACCAACGGCGGAGGAGGUGGAAGUACUGGGGCUGGGGGUGGAUGUGAGAGCAGGUGGAAGCUGCAUCUCACGGAAAGAGCAGAGUUUCAGUAUUCUCAGCGAGAGCUGGAUGUGACCGAUGUGUUCAUGACCAGAUCCAGCCGAGGGAACAAGGUUGGGUGCAUGUACAUACGUUGUGCCCCUAAUGCCAGGUUCACCGUGUUGUUCUCGCACGGCAACGCAGUGGACCUCGGUCAGAUGAGCAGCUUCUACAUCGGCUUGGGCACGCGCAUCAAUUGCAACAUAUUCUCUUACGAUUACUCAGGCUAUGGGGUUAGCACCGGCAAGCCGUCGGAGAAAAACCUUUAUGCUGACAUUGAUGCCGCCUGGCAUGCCCUGCGCUCUCGGUACGGCAUCAGCCCCGAGAACAUCAUCCUGUACGGACAGAGCAUUGGCACGGUGCCCACGGUGGACUUGGCGUCACGUUUUGAGUGUGCUGCCGUUGUGCUUCACUCUCCUCUCACCUCCGGCAUGAGAGUGGCCUUCCCCGACACCAAGAAAACCUACUGCUUCGAUGCCUUCCCCAACAUCGAAAAGGUGUCAAAGAUCCCGUCUCCGGUGCUCAUCAUCCACGGUACGGAGGACGAGGUCAUCGACUUCUCCCACGGCCUGGCCCUGUUCGAGCGUUGUCCGAAGGCCGUGGAGCCCCUGUGGGUGGAGGGCGCCGGGCACAACGACAUUGAGCUUUACAGUCAGUACCUUGAGAGGCUACGGCGCUUCAUCAACCAGGACCUGGCUGCACAGCACGCCUGAGGAUUGGAGCGGCAGCCUCUCUGCAUCACCGCGCGCGCUUGUGUGUGAGUGAGAGACGGUAAAAGUGUGGCUCAGACAUGCACCAUCUGUGUGUCUUUUAAACGUCACGUCACUUUUUAAAGCAAUUGCAUUCAAAUAACUCUUAAGAUUUGAGAAUUUUUAAAAAUUCAUUGCGUAUAUUUAUCUUUAGUGUGUUUGUAAUGUGGUGAAGUUCAGUGGAGCUUCGCACAUCAAAAAUAAAUACGAUUAAAAGCUCUUAAAAAAAAACUUUUUUUUUUUUUUUUUUAAAAAGGCACACAGAUGUCAUUUAAAAGUGAAUGAUGAAUGAUUGUGGUCCUGGAUGUAAAAUCUUGAGUUAAUGUUCAUAUCAUGGACGUGUGUGUGUGUGUGUGUGUGUGUGUGUGUGUGUGUGUGUGUGUGGUGUGUGUGUGUGUGAGAGAAGCAGUCUUAGGGGAAGGGAAAAAAAAUAAGUGAAGGACACCCUUUUGACUUGGCUAGUGGCAAGUAAGGGAAAAAGUUAUAGUGAUUUAUCAAUAGUUAUUUUUUGUCUUAUUUGUGUGUUUGAAGAAUACCUCCACAGUUUGACCAGCUCUUUUUAGUGGACAACACGACCCUGGUCAGACCGCCACUCUUUAUCUAUCAGUGGACAUGCAACUGCCAGAUCGUAACUCACCAGUUUGCACCCCUUAAAAAAAACAAAAACAAAAAAACUGGCAUUCUUUCCUGUUUCCUGCCGUAGCUUUUGCCUUUUUACUCUUAGCUGCUCCUCCUGACAGGGAUUGUCAUUUGUCCCCGUGUUGCUUUCAUCCCACAAGCUAGUGAGCUGGCUGGAAUGUAUGCGAAGCCCCCCCCCCCCCCCCCCCGAGGACGGCUACAUACAUGUGAAUGUUUUAGCAAUACUCAAAUAAAGCGAACAAGUUAAGUUGAAGUGAACAUGUAUAGUCGAGCUGUGUCCUUUUGGGAGCCAGUAAUGAUAAAGCUUGUAUGGUACUCAUCGUCCUCCACGGUUGUGUCCCGAAUCGCAACAGUUCAGUUGUAGGGGCCGUUAUGCUCCAGACUACAGUGGAAUCUCCAAAACCGAACAGAUUAUCUUCCUUGACUCUGUAUUCCCUCACCUUCAGUUUCACAGGCCAAACCACUGUCUAAUGUAUUUCCUGUGGCAUCUUGGUGCCAAGAAAAUAUGUUGAAGUGGGUUCAGGAGUUUCCUGUAGUGCUUUGCCACCAUGCUUUGGGUUCUGGGUGUCACGGAACUCCGUGUAUGUUGAAGGGAGUUGAGGAGUGUCAUUUACAUUUUUGUCGCGUCUUUAUGCAGAAUCACUUCAAUUUUCCGCUGGCCACGGCAGGACUUUUAUCCCUAUUCCUACAGUGGAUUUUAAAAAGUCUACACACCUCUGUAGGAAUGCCAGGUUUUUGUAAUUUAAGAUGAGACCAAGAUAAAAUCAUUUUGAAACUUUUUCCAGAUUGUGAACUGUAACCUGUACAACUCCAUUUUGGGGGCGGGGAUCUUUUCAGGAGGGCAAGUAAAAAUGUACUUGCACAAGUGUGCACACCCUCUUAUAAGUGGGUAUGUGGGUUUGGCCAGAAUUUAUCAAUCGCAUUACACUUUUCCGUCUGCGAUCGCCAGUCCCACCCAAAAAUAAAUUAUUGUAAAUAAAAAUGUAAAAAAAAUGCAUCCCGUUUACCACUCAUGAUGAAUUGAAGUUUGCCACAUUCCCCCUCCCCCCUCCCAAAUUUUUGGCUGCGCUUCAAAUGCACUUUGGGGUUUCCACUGUGUUGCUAUCUGGGCAUCCCAGCAUCAUUUUCAGAUUUUUGCCAACCUGAGUGGCUCUCGCGUAGAGAGACUCACUCCUUUUGUCUAACCCAAGCCAUGCAUUACCUUCUCACUCCAUUGUGGUGCCGGUUCCACCACGUGCACACACACACACACACACACACACACACACACCACACACACACACACUGGCACAUUAACACUCGUACUGUACUAAAACAGUAUACACACUAUUAUAUAUCUGUGAGGUCAAGCAUGAAACAAGCAGGUCUUAAGUUCAACACUAUUGUAAGAAGGGUAUAAGAUUUAAAGUUUGCGUGUCGUCAAUGUUUUCGGUAGGCCAGGUCCGUGGCUUCCUGUUUAGAGAAAAACCUGUAGGACCAGCUUGUACACCUGAACAAGUAUGGCUCACGUGAGAUGGAGCUCUGUUUUUUUAUUUUUUGGGAUGGGGGGGGCUAUUUGUGACAGCGCUGUUGGGAUGCAUCAUCCUCUCAAACAGGGAAUCUCAUCAAUGUCUGCGUUUGCUUCGUGUUUGCGUGCUAUUGAAAUCACGGAGUUCUGUUACCACCUUAAACCAGGGAUCUGCCACGUGUUCCUGAACUGUCAACUUUUUCUCAGCAUUAGAAGUUCAGAGGCCUCCCCCCCCCCCCCCCCUCUCCCUCGGACAAGUAGUUUUUUCAGGGAUUCAUCUCGCAUGGGUUUUUGGGUAUACACUUAACCGUUUUUGAUGCGCUACUAUGAUUGAUGUUUCUUGUUUCCUAGGGCCUGAACAUUUAUUGAAAGGGAGUGGGGGGAAGGGGGGGGGGGGGGCUUGAACAGUAAAAACUGUAUGCAUGUCAAUCGUGUUUUGCCGAGCAAGUGAUGGGGUGUUAUGUUCUCUACUAUGUAUUCUAUUAUGAGGGCAAAGCUGAACCAAUGGGGUCGGACCUUUGAAGCGCUUUAAAAGACAAAAAAAGGACAAUUUAGAUUUUUUUUUUUUUAAAUCGCUGAUACAAACUAAUGUAUGUUAAGUUUUGUCCUGGGUGUGAAGCGGGUAGGUGGGUGGGGGGGGCUACUUGAACAAUACUAGUGGACUGUUUAUACUGUAUGGUUACUGUACUUACCUAUUCUAUUCUUUGUAUUAUAAUUUGUAAUUUUAUGUUGCUUUUUUUUGAACUGAGACUAUGAUGUAAUGGAAUUAAUACAUGGGACUGAAUCUUGACCUUUUUAU